AUUUUAGUAUAUGAGCAAUACAGCUAGAGCUAUCUCUUUGAAGCGUACUAUUGGAGGACGCCGUGAUAGGAAAAAUUUUAUGCAAAGCACUGCUUUUAAAAAACAAGUUUCAAGUUUCAACAACACCGCCAGAAAUUUCAAUCCCUUAGAUUCAGGAGAACGAAACUUCAAACCCGCUAAACACUCUCAAAGAACACUUAUCAACAGUAAACAAAGGAAAUAGGUCAAAAUUCAUAAACCCCAGGAAAUCCCAAAGACACCAGCCCAACAGAUCACUUAUAAAUCCUAACAAGCCUAGUGACCACAAUAGGAAGUCUAAACAGAUAACAAAAAAUAAUAUCUCUGCUCACAGUAUAUUCGAUAAAAAGUCAAAGUCACCUCAGAAGAACACUUUGAAUAUAUUUCCAAACGUGAAGAGGAAAAUAAUGGAGACCUUAUUAAACCCUGAGAUUCCGAAGAAGGUGCCUGUGGCACCUUCGAAUCCAGAGUUGAAGAACAUUCCUCAUUUUGUCAAAGUCAGCUUUCUUAAUAAAGUCAAAAGUAUUCGAGAUAAUAUUGAUGCGGAGAAGAAUAUUCCGAGUAAAAGUCUGCAAAAGUUCUUGCAGAGCAAAACUAAAAGCAGGUUUGGGAAUUUUCAGGAAGCCGUAAACGGCUUCCAGAGACAUUGUAAAAGAGCUUCGAUGAGAACCUUUGAGCAGAUGUUUAAGAAUAGAAGCAAUAGAAAUUCUUUGCAUGGGGGCAUGGAUGAUGUAGAGUGAGAUAGCCAGAAUUCUAAAAUUGGAAUUAAGCGAUUGGUCACUUUGAAACACCAUAAUCUUUCCAGAUCCCAAGCGGGGUCUAGUUUGGAAGAGAAUUCUAGAAUUACAGAAGAUAAUGAGAGUAUUGAUGAUACUCAGAGCACAGUUCUAUCUGAAUUAUCUCUUCGAAAGCAAAUUCAACAUCAUGAGCAGAAAGAUACGAUGAAAUACAUUAGAGAGCUUCAAAAUAGAAUGUCUAAACGAGAGUUACAAGAGCGUAAUAAAGAACUUUUGUCUGUGUUAAACAAAACUACUGAUCUGUAUUCGAACAAAUUUAGUAUAUCAAAGAUUAGAAAGAGAGUGAGCAAGCAAAGAGAAGAGAAGAAAUCCCAAGUCCAGAGUAUAGAUCAUCUAUCUCCUGGGAGGAAGCUACAGAUCUUAUCUGAGUCUAAUCUUGAGCUUUACAGCCUGAAUGGGUUCUUGAAUGGGUACAAUAAAAAGCUGUCUCUUAAUACAGAUCCAUCUAGAGCAGCUAGGAACUCUAAAAGUAUUCAUCUGGACUCUAUUGAGUAUCAGAAAGCUAAAGAUGUUGCUAUGAAGAGCCAUAAAGAAGCCUACCAGGUUUAUGAGAAGAUCAAAUUGUCUAAACGAUCCAAGCUCAGGAAGAUCAAUGCGAAAGUUGAAGACUGCCUUACUGCCCAGGAUAUCCUCCGUAAGUCGUUUGUGUCAAUUUCGGUAUAG